UGCUGCUACUAAUACUCUUGUUGUGUCUGUCGCAAUUCCUGUUGCCUGUUAUUCAACCUCCGUUGUCCAUUGUCUCUGGUUACCAUUAUUGUAUUCACCCUGGUGCCUUAUCCAUUUCUUCUCUCGCAAUGAAUCUUUGUAAACAGACCACGUCGCCUUCUCCCACCUCCAUAUUCCAAUCAGCAACGCCACUACCUUCGCUGCCAAACACGACCACCUCUCCCCUUUCUAUGUCUUCCACAACCCACAUCUCUUCAUCAUUAUCUCAAUUAUCAUCAUCAUCAUCAUUAUCACCAUUGCUUUCAUCCUCAGUAUCAUCGACCUUUCCUCCUCUUCCACCUCCUCCUCCUCCUUCUUCUUCUUCUUCUUCUUCUUCUUCCUUUUCUUCUUCUUUUCCUUCUUUUCCUACUUCUGCGAUGGCUGCCACUGCUGCUUCUCCUAUGGCUGCUGUUAAUGCAUCUAGCACCACCACGUCUACUACUACCACCACCACCACCAUUAUCAACAACAACAACAACGCUAUUAAAACAACUUCCUCCUACUUCACUGCCCCACCAACCACCUGCCUAUCUCCACCAGUAAUGUCUUUUAAGUCACCCAGUGUGAUUCGAACCAGUGACUCCAAAAAGAUAGAUACAUCGAAGGAACCAAUAUACAAAGCUACCGUAUCGAAAGUUAUCAAAUUAGUUCCCGAUUGUUUAAAACAUGACCUGAAAAUGGACUUUCGCAAACUUCCAGAUCGUCCACAAGAUAUGCAAAAACGGAAAGCAAGAUACCGAACAACUUUUACGCCCUUUCAACUGGAACAAAUGGAGAAAGCGUUCCAAAGAGCACCAUACCCAGAUGUAUUUGCUCGAGAGGAACUUGCAAUCAGAAUUGGCCUUAGUGAAUCCCGUGUGCAGGUGUGGUUUCAAAAUCGAAGGGCAAAAUGGCGGAAAAAAGAAACGCCACGAAAAACAAUUUUAUAUCCAUCAAUGUCGUUUUCCAAUGUCAACAAUCCGAUUGUCCAGGAUUCUCAGAUGUUACCCGCAGUGCCGUCUUUAGAUCAAUGGAAUUUCUACAGCGAAUCAUCUCUUGCUAACGGUGUCAAUACACUCCAAAAACAAGCAGCUGUUCACUUAAGCAUUCCCACUCGUCCUCUAUGCAGCACCAGCUCAGAUACAAACGGAAGGGGGACAAGCACCACCCUCAGCGACACGCCUCUAGCUUCUCACCAUUACCAUCACCAUCACCAUAUGAUGUUUCCUAAUGUUCCAUAUCCCACUAACUGCCUCCAAACGCAACAUCCUAACACUACUUUUAAACAGAUCGUGCCUCAGCCUUACCCGCUCUUUGCCCAUUCCUACGCUAGUUCUUUUCUCAAUGGUCUGCCAGUGGCAUUUGAUCCGAAUGUACCGAAUGUACUUGGAGGAGGUCCCUAUAUAAUGGCGUCGGGUGCCCUUAUGAACAUUCCAAAUUGUGAAGGAGAACUUGGAGAAAAAGGACCAGUAAUAAACAGGGUGCGUAGCAAUGAUCAGAGCAUUGUGAGUUAAUAUCGCACAUAUACCUAGCAUUGCCUAUAUAUAUAUAUAUAUAUACAUAUAUAAAUUUUUAAGUUGAUAAAGCACAAGCGCAUAUAUCAGUAAAGUUAAAAGUUAAAAACGAUAUCAUAUA